GGCCGGCCGAUGUGUGCCGUGUCGUGGCCCGCCGGAUGCCACGUUGGCUCCUGGAGGGCUGCGGCAGGUGAAAUCAGGUGUUUACCGGGAGGCGUGGCGUGUUCACACUCUCCGCCUCCCCCCUGGUCCCUCCGUGGGGACUAUUUCCCAAAGAGACAAUGAGGAGCGUUGUGUUGCCUCACUCGGACUCACACGCACGAACCGGCUUAGGGAAUGCUCUUCUUGUUUGUCUGCAUUAGCUACCUGAAUGUCCAGUAAGAGCAGCUUGUGAGCGCGGCACGUUUGUGAAACAUGCGUCCGUUCCUACGCCGACGCAUGUCCCCCCUGAAGCUGGCGCUCCUUGGGGGGGCGUUCUUCCUGGUGGUGCUGGUGGUUCUCCAGAGGGACGUCGGGUCUUCUGUUGCUGUUGACCCCUGGUUCAAGGAGCUGGCGGACAAGAUGGUCAUAGUCCGGAAGGCCGUCAACAACUUUGGCUUCCAGAUCGGAGCGCCGCAGGAGCCGUCAGGGGGGCAGCAGCAGCCCACCCUGGAUGCCAAAUGCCUCCCUGGAUUCUAUUCUCCGUCGGACCUCACACCUCACCUGGAGAGACCUCCUCAGGACCCCGAAAGCCCCGGGGCUGAUGGGAAAGCAUUCGCGAGAGACAACAUGUCCCCGGACGACGUGAAGGAGAAGGAGGAAGGAAUGACGAGGCACUGUUUCAACCAGUUUGCCAGUGACCGUAUCUCGCUCAGCCGGAGCCUCGGGGACGACACGAGGCCGAUAGAAUGCGUGCAGAGGACGUUUCGCCGCUGUCCUCCUCUGCCCACCACCAGUGUCAUUAUUGUCUUCCACAACGAGGCUUGGUCCACCCUCCUCAGGACGGUCUACAGCGUCCUGUACACGUCUCCUGCGUCGCUGCUCAAAGAGAUCAUCCUGGUGGACGAUGCCAGUGUUUCAGAGCACCUGAAGAGCAAACUGGAUGAGUUUGUGGUUCAGUUGAAGAUUGUUCGCGUUGUGAGGCAGCAGGAGAGGAAGGGCCUCAUCACUGCCAGGCUGCUGGGGGCCAGCAUUGCUCAAGGCGAAAUCCUCACUUUUCUCGACGCACACUGUGAGUGUUUCCACGGCUGGUUGGAGCCGUUGUUGGCCCGCAUUGUUGAGGAACCUACUGCCGUGGUUAGUCCAGAGAUCACGACCAUUGACCUCAACACCUUUCAGUUCAACAAGCCCGUGGCCUCCAACCGCGCUUUCAACCGAGGCAACUUUGACUGGAGCCUGGGCUUUGGCUGGGAGGCCAUCCCCGAGGACGCGAGGCAGCUGCGCAAGGAUGAGACCUACCCUAUAAAGACACCCACUUUUGCCGGAGGUCUUUUCUCCAUCUCAAAGACGUACUUUGAACACAUUGGAACAUAUGACGACAAGAUGGAGAUCUGGGGGGGUGAAAAUGUGGAGAUGUCGUUCAGGGUGUGGCAGUGUGGGGGUCAGCUCGAGAUCAUCCCUUGUUCCGUGGUGGGCCAUGUCUUCCGCACCAAAAGCCCCCACACCUUCCCCAAGGGCACAGAUGUCAUCACUCGCAACCAAGUCCGCCUGGCUGAGGUCUGGAUGGACGACUACAAGAAGAUCUACUAUCGCCGCAACAAUAUUGCUGCAGCUAUGGCCAGAGAGCAUAACUUUGGGGAUAUAUCCGACCGCCUAAAUCUGAGAGAGAGGCUCAAGUGCAAGAACUUCACCUGGUACUUGAACACCGUUUACCCAGAGGCCUUCGUUCCCGACUUAAACCCAGAUAAGUCUGGAGCAAUUAAAAACUCAGGCUCCAACACGUGCCUGGACGUUGGGGAGGCUAACACUGGAGGUAAAGCUGUGAUCAUGUACCAGUGUCACAACAUGGGAGGCAACCAGUACUUUGAAUACUCCUCUCAUAAGGAGCUGCGUCAUAAUAUUGGGACUCAGCUGUGUCUUCAUGCCACGACCCAGCCGGAGCCAGUGUUGGUCCACGUGUGUGAGCUGAAGGGGAAGGGCACCAAGUUGGCCCCACUGCAGGAGUGGGUCUUUACAGAGGAAAACCUGCUGAAGAAUCCCAUUAGUGGGAAAUGUUUGCGGCUGGUUGGAGACCAUCCUCAGAUGGACCAAUGUAAUGCCGCCGACCUCUACCAGCACUGGACCUUCAGCUGACCUCCCCGUCGGCCCAUUGGGUGACAUCAGGCACCUCGUGUCCCCUUCCUCGGACUGUGGUCUGAGGAGCCACCUAGAAGGACUUGCUGCUGUGGAGCACGGGGCUAUUCUGAGUGGCUAGUGAAAUGUGGAGGACAAAGAGAAGACAGUUGGAAUCUGUUGAAGACGCUCGGGUUGGCCGUGACUUGUUUUAGAUGUAUUUAUGAUGGACAGAUAGCUGUCUAAAGGUGGCUGGGAAUUUUGAGAAACUUAACUGUGAACUGUGGGGCGAUGGGAGUGAACCGGGAAUGAUAACACUCCCUUUGUAAAAUAACUUAAUAUGUUUUAGUUUAAUUUUUUAUUGUCUGACAAUGAAUGUUGAAACGUGACAUUGAAUAUGUGACGCAUCGAAAAUCAAGAGAUGUCUUUUUUUAAAUAAAAAUGAUUUGUUCUGUCAGAUAAAUGAGCAUUUGUU